CUCUCUCUCUCCUCUUCUCAUUACAUACAAACUCUCUCUCUCUCUCUCUCUCUCUCUCUCUUCGAUCGAUACACGAUCUGAACACGUUUGGUUCGAUUCAAUCAAUCAAACAAGCACAGUUCUCGGCGUUGUGAUCUCGAAGGUCUUCAAUCGAUCUCAGUAUGGAUAUAAAAGCAGCAAGGAGAGUUUCAGAGAGGACGCAGAAAUCUGUUUAUGAUAGACUCAGAGGAGGACCUGUGAACAGCGUUUGUUCCUUCUGGCUUGCUGGGAGAUGCACCAAGAGCCCUUGUAGAUUCUUGCACCCUGAACCACCACCUUCACAACCACCCAACCCUUCCCAAUACCGCCAUUCUAAAGCUUGGCAGAGGGGUCCGAACAAUACCGUCAAGAAUUCAUCUAUUUCACCGAGUGAAAGAGCUGGGCCUGAACAUGAAAGUACUAAAAAGGCUCAAAAAAAGGUGUGCUCAUAUUGGAUUUCGGGUAAUUGUGUGCAUGGUGAGAAGUGCAAGCACUUGCAUUCAUGGUUUUCCGGCAAUGGGUUUUCGUUGUUGGCAAAACUGGAAGGGCACAAUAAGGCUGUUACUGGGAUUGCCCUUCCUUCUGGCUCCGACAAGCUUUACUCUGGUGGUAAGGACAAAACUCUGCGGGUUUGGGACUGCAAUAAUGGUCAGUGUGUUGGUGUGGUUAAUCUCUUGGGUGAAAUCGGGUCUAUGAUUAGUGAAGGUCCCUGGGUUUUUGUGGGCUUGCCAAAUGCUGUUAAGGCAUGGAACACCCAGACUCUCACUGACUUUACUCUUAAUGGACCAGUUGGGCAAGUUUAUGCCAUGGCCCUAGGCAAUGAUACGCUUUUUGCUGGGACACAGGAUGGCACCAUAUUGGCAUGGAAAUCCAAUUCUCGGUCAAAUUGCCCUGAACUAGCUGCAUCGCUGAAGGGUCAUAGUCAUGGUGUAGUCUCUCUUGUUAUUGGUGCUGAUAGGCUGUACUCUGGUUCCAUGGACAAUACAAUAAGGGUGUGGGAUCUCAACACCUUCAAGUGUACCCAGACACUAAUUGGACAUACUGGUGUGGUCAUGUCUGUUCUUUGCUGGGAGAGCUGUUUAUUGUCCUGUUCAUUGGAUGGAACAAUAAAGGUUUGGGUUGCUACUGAUGGUGGGGACUUAGAAGUGACCUAUACUCACAAAGAAGAUGAUGGUGUUCUUGCACUUUGUGGCAUUCACGAUGCAGAAGCAAAACCCAUUCUCCUCUGCUCAUGCAACGACAACUCUGUCCGCUUAUAUGACUUGCCAUCAUUUACUGAAAGGGGAAGGCUAUUUGCAAAGCUAGAAGUCCGAGCAAUUCAGAUAGGUCCCGGGGGCCUUUUCUUCACGGGUGAUGCAACGGGGCAAUUGGCAGUGUGGAAAUUGGCCGGAGAGUUGAGUAGUGCAGUGGCAGCUUCAUGAUAGUAUGUUUUGUACAAACAAACUGCCCUGUAAAUAUUACAUACUGAGGAGGAGAGGAGAGAUGUGUGAGCCAUUUUUGAGAUUGGAGAAAGCUUUGAUGUCUUUGGAAGGAGAUGUAAUUGACCCUGAGUUGAAUUUUUUCUAUUUAUUUAAUUCUACUAAUAUCAAUGGAGAGCAAUCUUCUUUAAUUCUGGAGUCACAGUAUACAUUCAAUUCCUGGAAUAUUUAAUGAUUUGUAAAAUGAGUUGUAAUUGUCAAAUUUUUAUACACUUUGUUCUUUAUCAGCAUGUCAAAGGAAAUAUUUAUAAUUUUUUUUGAUUUGGAAA